AUGUCCAUGGCGGUCCCACUACUCCCCGAUGAUGGCAUAAUCCUGCGUCUCCACGAAGAACUAUGCAAUGCUGUGUGCGAAGAUCGCGCUGCUAAAUUCCAGAUCUUCUCUGAGAAAUUAUGGAAACGACUUGGCCAUGAGCCCCCGCUGGCAGAUGCCGUGGUCAAUGAUUUUGUGGCCAUGCUGCACAAUGUUGACAACCUUUUACUAGCCCAACUAGUCAUCCCAGAGCUACGACAUACCGCACCAGCUCCGGAUAAUUCCUUUCAACGCGACAUUCUAUUCCAAAUACAGCUUCGACGACCGAUCCUCGAUAUUUUUAAAGCAAGACCAGUAGGCUACGGCCCUGAAGCACAAAGUCUAUACGAGGAGGAGAAAAGGAUACUUGAAGACGCGGACUGGCACAGGGCCUGUCUACUGCUUUACGGACGCGCAAAUAUCAGCGAUACGCAAAGAGAGAAUGUUCGGCAAUGGUUAGCUCAUUGUCCCAAAGAACACGGCUCCUAG